GCACUCCACCUAGCAUUGAAAAACCAUAUGGGCCAUAUCCACUAUACGUGACAAAUGUUAAAAAUAAGCAAGUGCCAAUAUUACAGGCAUACGCAAAUACCAAAUACGUUGGCAAAGUUGUUUUAAAAUUUAAUUCUAAUGGUGACUUAGUUAGUAUCGAUGGUAAACCAACAUUAUUGAAUCAUGAAGCUAAACAAGAUCCAGAAAUGUUGACUGUAGUCGAUCGAUGGAAACCACAAGUAACUAAGAUUACAAAUAUUACCAUUGGGCGUACGGCUGUCGAGUUGAUAAACACUUGUCAUCAAAUGGAAUGCAACAUAGGCAACUUGAUAGCUGAUUCUUUCGUUUACUAUAACAUUCUGAAAAAAGAGAAUUACAAUGAGUAUUGGACUGAUGCUCCUAUUGGGAUCGUUCAAGCUGGUGGCAUUCGGACAACAAUCAACGAAACUGAUCACGAUGGUUACAUCACAUUAGGCCAGUUAAUCAAUGUCAUGCCGUUUCAAAAUACCCUGAUUAAAGUUACUAUUUCUGGUAGCAGCCUUUUAGAAGCAUUUGAACACAGCGUUUACGACUUUGUAAAGGAUUAUGGUGGAUCUAAACUUUUACAAGUAUCCGGCGUUCUGGUCGAGUAUGAUUUAACAAAAAGUCCUGGUAACCGAGUCUCUUCACUAUCACUCCGAUGUGGUGAUUGUAACGUUCCUAAAUUUGAACCUCUACAAUUAAAUGCUAACUACACAAUAGUGAUGAACAAUUAUUUGGCUGAAGGUGGAGAUAAUUUUAAAACAUUUAAAAAAAGCUUAAAGAAAAAUCAAGCAUUAGAUAUUGAAGAUUUCAAUGCAACAGCUACGUAUAUGAAAUCGAUAAGUCCUAUAACAAAUGGAAUAGAGGGCAGAAUCAGUUUUAUAUCCAAAGGCAAUGAAAAGUCAUCAGGAUCUAACAUAAAUUUACAGAAUUAUCAAUUUAUAUUAAUUUCAUUAAUUAUUACAGUAUUGUUUUUUUAAUGUUUAAGACUUUAAUAUAAAUAAAUUCUACAAAAACAGUGAUUAAUACAGUAGGUAAACUAAAAUUCUAUCUUACAGAUAAAAUUGUGUUGUCAACAUAAUAUAAUUUUGGUAAACACUGGUCAUUAAAACCAAUAUUAAUACCGUACAUAUCUUAUUUUAUUUAAUUUGAAUAGUACCUACAUACAAUAUAUUUAUUGCUUACAAUGUCAAAAUCAUUUUUGUUUGAUAAAAUGUAUGUUAAUGUACCAAUUAAACAGUUGUCAAGUUUAAAUUACAAAAAUAUAGUCAACAAUAAUAUUGGGAAGUUAUAAA